UAGUCUGGGCUGAGCUCAGUUAGUGGUUGGAUGUUCGAAUGUUUAUAUCUGACACUAGAAACCAAAACGAAGGGAUAAGGGGUGCAUUGCUCAUUCGAAUAACUUAAUGCAAACUACUUUGAAGUAAACUUGACACGAAAGGAAAGUGAUAGUGAGUUUACCGCGGAAAAAAUAUUGUACGUAUCGGUCACUAACGACAAAUAAACAAAGAUUUGAUCAUGGUAAAACGUCAGCAAUUAAAUCCACUUUCGCGGUACGAGGACAAAGUGGCUGUUUUUCGCGAAAGAGGACGGUACUUGCUCACGUUCUUCUCUUGCAAUUAACAGAAAAGGGAACAGAUGUUUGAAAAAGAAUAAAAGGAGAACUAACAUAUAGAUUCUUUUUCGCAUGCACGUGCUUUCCUCCAACACUUAACAACUCUAUCGCUUAAUUCGCGCUUCCAUCUCCAUAUCCUCUUCUCCCACUUCUCCAACUCUCAUACGGAGUACGAUUGUCGCGUUCAACUCGUCCAAUAUCGUAAUCCGCAGCAGCAGUUGCAGUAACGGCAGCAACACGGGUAACGUUCUCUGGCGUUCAAAGAAAAUCAAGAAUGAUUCUGCUCGUAAUUUUAAACUAAUAAUUUCGAUCUAUGCAUGUGUUGCCUAAAGUGAAAGAAGAAAAAUUAAGGAUAGAAGGAUAAUAAAAUGAAGCGUAUAAGUUUCUCAAAGAAAACUUUAUUUGCUUAAUCUAUUUCACGAUCUGUACAAAGAAAAUCAUUGCCAAAGAAGGAAGAAUAACAUGAGUGGAGCGUGUCUUUCGGUUACCCUUCAAAUUCGUUGAAGAAAAGAAGAAGAAAAAAAAAUAUUAUUUCAGUGCACACACACACAUAGACACAUUUAUAACACAUAUGUUGUGCUCUCGAGAUGGAGGAAGAAAAUCAGGUAACUUCGAGUGCCGUUCUCGAGGAGACCUUCUACGUGACAUCGAAGAAAAACACCUAUUACAAAGUGAAGCUUAGUGAAAAAGGCUUGAGCUUGCAAAAAGACAGUAAUGGCUCGACGAAGAUCGAAACUAUUCCGUUAAAUGAUAUCAUCGGGUGCAGGUGCAUGAGAUCUAAGCGAAGGAGCGCAGCUGGAAGUUGCGCUUGUCGUCCGGGUGCCUCGAGAAUGCAGCUCAAACUGGUCGAGUCUAUGGAUGCUUUCCAAUCAUCCUAUGACGAGUAUGAUACCUCUGCUUAUCUCUAUAUAUACGCGUAUACUCUGAAAAAGGUACGGAUGAAAGGAAUCCGUAGACGCGAGAGAACAACGAUUACCCUCAGAUUUCGUAGUUUUGACAAGUAUGAAGAUAAUCUAAGGGAGGCAAGUAGGUGGCGAUUGGCGAUAAAGUGUUUAGUCACGAAGCUACCAGUCCCAAAAAAUCUCAUGAGUCCAAGUCAUGGAAAUCUCGAAGCUUUACUCGGCGCAUGCCCAGGCGAGAAUCGAAAGCUAUUAGUUCUAAUAAAUCCAAAGUCUGGUCCUGGAAGAGGCAGGGAAGUUUUUCAAAAAAGAAUUCAUCCUGUACUUUCCGAAGCUGAAAGACCGUACGACAUCCACAUCACAAAAUGUUCGAAUUAUGCGCGUGAAUUCGUCCGUUCAAAGGACAUUUAUCAAUGGAACGGUUUGCUAACAGUUGGCGGGGAUGGAAUUGUCUUCGAGGUUGUCAAUGGUCUCUUCCAAAGGCCCGAUUGGGAGAAGGCACUCAAUGAGCUACCCCUUGGUGUUAUACCCUGUGGUUCCGGUAACGGUCUGGCGAAAUCUAUUGCAUAUUCUAAACAGGAACCAUAUGAUUACAAUCCUUUAUUAGUUAGCGCCUUAUCCGUAGUAAAAUGUAAGAAGGCUCCUAUGGAUAUAGUACGUAUUGAAACACGAAGCAAAAUAUUGUUUUCAUUCUUGUCAGUCGGAUGGGGCUUGCUCUCAGAUAUUGAUAUUGAAAGUGAGCGACUUCGUGCUAUAGGUGGACAAAGAUUUACUAUUUGGAGUGUAGCACGUUUAAUAGGACUAAGAACAUAUAAGGGAAAAAUAUCAUAUUUGCCUUGUGACAAAGUACUGCCUGUAGAAGUUGUUGGCAAUGGUAAAGUUUGCCAUACAGAUUGUACAAGCGAUGGAAAAAUAACUCAUUCUAGAAGUUAUGGAGAUGAAUUAGAUCGGUAUGGUAAUAUAGUCGAAUCAAAAAGUUUCCACGAUGCCUGUGACGAUAGUAGUAAUGAAUUAGAUUUACCUCUUAAUGGUUAUAGAGAUGAUGAAGUUAUAACAGAAAAUAUAACCCUUGAAACUGAAAUUGAAGGAAGACAAAGGUUGGACAGUUUCUAUUCUGCGACCUCGGCAAAAUCUACAUACUUUAGUACUGGUUCUAUAUCAAGUUAUCAUAGUAUAGAUGAUGGUGAUACAAGGGGGCCUGACACGGAAAAUAUAACGACAAGUCAAGUUAUGUACGGUCCAUCGUCGACGCUUCCAGCUCUAACAGCGGAACUACCUGAUUCUUGGGUUCAAGAUCAAGGAGAAUUUAUAAUGGUACAUGCAGCUUAUCAAUCUCAUUUAGGUCAAGAUUAUUUUUUUGCACCACGUGCAAAAUUAGCAGAUGGUAUUAUAUGGCUUUUGAUAGUUAAAGCUGGUAUUACUAGAACAAACUUGUUACAGUUCUUGUUAGGUUUAAGUACUGGGACUCAUGUAAACUGUUCUGGUGUUGACAUGAUACCUGUUAAGGCUUUUCGAAUAGAACCAGCAGAAGGAGUAAGUGGCCAUUUAACAGUGGAUGGUGAAGAAGUUGAUUAUGGUCCAUUACAAGCUGAGAUAUUUCCUUCAUUAGCAACAGUAAUGACACCUUGACAAGGGUAAUUAUAUUAGCAGAAGCAAUCAAAUAGUACAAUCUUAAAAUCAUAGACUCAAAGUUUUAGAAAAAAAAAUUUGUUAUAAAUCGCACACUAUCAUAUCAUUAAUCAAUAAGUAUUUUCAAGUUUGCAUAUGGAAAGUCUAGGAUAUAAUUUCCUAUUCCUAGUACUUUAAAAUUUAAUCUAUAAUAAUUUAUUACUGUUAAUAUAAUUUAAAAACUAUAUAUUCCAGUAAUUUUACUGUUAUGGAUUAUGUGGAUUUUCUAUAUAUUUCUCUUUAUUUUAUAAAUGUUCUUUCAAGUUCGUCUGAUUUUCAAUAUGGAUUUCCUAUAUAAUAUAUUAUAUAUACUGAGAUUGACUUAUAUUUUACACUAAAACACAUAGUAUUUAAAUAAUAGCUUUAACAGAUGGAAUAUUUUACGAAAUGUUUUUUUUUUAAAAACUAUGAAAGAAUAUAAAUAUGUUAUAAUGAUAGUAUACAAAAAGAUUUUUUAAUUGAUAUCAAAAUUAUUCGCUUAAUUACAGCUUAUUAUAAUGUAUUCGAUUAUGCUAGCAUAUUGUACAAUCUGUUAUUAACAAUUUUAAGGGUGGAAGUAUUAGGAAGUUUGACAUUGCUAGCAUGCAAAAUUUAUUAUGUAUUAUAGAAGGGAAUUCUCUCAAGACCUGAAAUACAUAAAAUAUUAUAUAAGGUGCUCUUCCAACAUUCUACAUAUGCUAAAAUUUGUCAAAUUAAGUGAUAGUAGUUUAAAAAUUUGUACAGUAAAAUAUAGUUACUAAUGGCACAGAAUUUUUGAUAUUUGUUGAAACCAAUUGUUAUUUUCAUAUAUAUAUAUAUGUUCUAUAAAUUCAUCUUAAACCACUUUAUUAAUUAAUUUUUUUAUCAAACAUAUCAGAAGUUGAUAUUUAUCCUAUUUCUUUUCAGAUAGGGAUAUACUUUUGCCAAAUUAUAAUCGUUAUUUUAUUUAUUUUUCUAUUGCUCUCUAUAGUAGAGUCAACAAUUGUCAUAUAUACAUAUAUAUAAAAUCUAAAAUUUUUUCUAAAGACCAUAGAGUAUAAGAAGACUAUAAGAACAAUGAUAGUGCUUAACUAUCGUCUUUUUUUUAUCCUAUUAUGCUAUUUACUCAUCUUGCCUAUUUAGGAUGAUGUGAUUUCGUAAAAUAAAUAAUGGUGCCAAUAAAAUUGUUGACAAAUAAUUAAUAAUUAAAAUGCAAAAAUUGCUUGUUGCCUUUAAUUAAUAAUUAAAACCUUUACAAAAAUUGCUUGUUGCCUUUAUUUGUUGUAAUAAGGUAUUUUUAGAUUUUUACAAGAGCUACAAGUUUUACACAUUUACAUGUUAAAACUACAUACUAUAUGAGCAUAUUAUAUCACUGUACAUGCAUUUGAAAAUAUAGAAUCUUAUGAUAUGUUAAUAAUUUAAGAAACAGAUUAUGAAUUACGAGUUCUAAUGAAAAUUUGUUUAAAAUACUAUGAAAUAGUGAUUUUAAAUAAUCUUCUUGUUGAUGUAAUAUAUACAAUAUGAAAAGAAUAUAAUGUUGUGCUAAUUAUUUCUACUUCGUUAUUAAAGAUUAGAAGUAAUAAGAUAAUCAAGUAUAUCGAGAAAAAUUAAUGACAUGCGAUUAAUUAAAUAGCUAGGCAAUUUUAAAUUAAAUAAAUUCCAGCAAUUUAAUGUUUCAUAAAUAUUUAAAAACAUAUUAUAUUUUAAAUCAACUCUUUGAAAACUAACGCGUUUUAAAUGAAAGAAAUAUAUUUCUCUAUAUUAUAUUCCUAUAUCAUUUAUUUUAUAUACGAAUUUUUUUUAUAUCUCUACACAAUAAAAUCCAUAAUAUUAAUAAUUAUUUUGAUUAAGGUUACACUGCAAUAUGAAAAUAUAAUGUGCAUUUUUAGGCAAUUAUCUCUAUAGUUUAUGUUCUUCCUAUAAAUUGAAAAAUUGUUUAUUAUUAAGUUGUUUUUGAUUUGUUUCCAUUUUUACAUUGGAAACAUAAAAUAAAAACAGCAGUAUAACCUCAAUAGUUUUAUUUUCCCAUAU